AAAUUAUUCCAUUUUGAGCAACCCUAUUUUUUAUUAUUUUGUCAGUCUUUGACAGAUCAGUCGUCCAUCACCAACAGCAGCAGUAAACACUUUCCGCGAAGAAAAAAAUUAUUUCGUCAAUUUUUCGCCAGCUAUUAUCUGAAAAUUUUUCUCCAAAGAUACGCAAAUGUUAUUCAUGCAAACAUGAGCACCUUUCAUGCAAAAAUAGAAAACAUUUGCAGGCUUUGCUUGUCCGGCGAUGACAACUUGGAAUCUAUUUUUGGUGAUAGUGGAAGUGAAUUGCUGCAGACUUUAAUUUACGACUGCACAACGGUGAAGGUAUCCCAAAAGCUUGGCUAUCCGACUGCGAUAUGUGUUACAUGCAGAUCUAAAGUAGAAGGAUUCCAUCAGUUCCGUGAGCAGUGUAUUCAGAACGAUGAAUAUCUACGAUCGACCUUCCUCGAGCCGGAAGUGGUAAUUAAAACAGAACCAGAUUUUAUUAUCGGCACUACCGGCGAGGAGGAGGAUGAAGAUGACGAUGACGAUAUCAAUGAAGCUGAUAUUGAAGAAUGGGACGAAUCUGAAUCAAAUGAUGUCUCCGAAGACAUGCAAAUGGACGCGAGUUCCAAUGGAAUAGGAAUGCCUAUUCAGACAAGUCUCCUAACAAACAAUGGUAUUGAUUUUAGUCGUCAUGCCAGCUUAGUUCCUUUGUUUAAAUGUGAAUUUUGUUCUGCUGAGUUUUCCAUUUUGGAACAGCUUGAGAAACACAUUACUAGUCACAAAGAAGAAAAAAUCUUCAAAUGCUUUUACUGUCCAAAGACGUUUCACUUCGCAAAGAAUUUGAAUAUGCACGUGGAAUAUAUUCAUUCAAAGGUGAAAUAUUCGCAAAGAACUGCGAUCAAGACCACUCCGAUUUCGCCCAAUAGAAGGGAUCGAAAUGAAGCAAGUACGAACUUGAUGGCGAGUCCGAGUGGCUUAAAUAUCAAUAAUAACAUCAUCAACAUUCGGACUGAAAAACCAAUGCAGGUUCAAUCUCCGGUCAACCUGAAUCGUGGCCCACCAAAUCGAGUAAGCAGCCACGAAUGCCAUGUGUGCCACAAAUCUUUCAGUGAUCUCCGCCAGCAUAUGCUACUGCACGACGGCGAAAAGCCAUACAAAUGUGAUAUAUGUUCCAAAUCAUUUUUUAACGCAUCAACACUGAAAACUCACUAUCGGGUGCAUAGUGACGAAAAUCCGUUCCGGUGCACCACCUGUACCAAGGUAUUCGAUAACGCUCGCAGCCUGGAACUUCACUACCGCACACACACCGGUGAACGACCAUAUUGUUGCGAUGUGUGCCUGAAAAAGUUUUCUUGCUCUUCCAAUUUGAAGCGCCAUCGAAAAUUACACGAUCGGGAGUAAAGUGUUUGAUAAAAAUUUCAGAUACUUUUUAUACUAGAGUCAUAUCUACACUACGAGCGCGUCCGUAAAACUAGCAGCUAGAAAUCAUCUGCAUUUAACCCGAUAGAUUUUCGAUGAGAAGUUUGUGCAUUUCUGCGUCAUUUUAUUAAUGUACCCUUUACUAGUAACCAAUGAGAAAAAAAUAAUAAACGAGCAGAUCAAGUGUGAGCUUGUGGGUUAAACUUGACAAGCAACGCAAAACAGGAACGUUAAAAAACGCACGAAUAUUGUAGAAAUAUUUGGUGAAAAUGUCUGCGAUGGUAUAUUGUACCAUGUCAAUGGUCUAAGUCAUUAUGUUUAUGUAGUAACUUAUUAUCUAGUCGUUAUUAAGUCAAAGCAGUUAUGUUGAAAAUAUGUACCGUUGAGCUUUAUGUUAAAACACUAAACCAAAUUUUGCAAUACGAAUGUAAGUCAACUGUGUUAGCGAACAUAUAUGUUGUAAAUAAAAGCAAUAUACAAAUUAUCGAA